CUAUAAAAUAAAAACUUCAUGCAUCACAGCUCACCUUAAAUACCUUUUUUUCCGACUCUUUCGCAUUAUGUUGAAAGAAUUUUACUUUCGCCGGUGAAUUAAUUGAGUUUCAAUUGUUUGAAUUAGUUGUUUAGCUUUCAGACCGCUUUAAAACAAGUUGGUGCGGGCCGAUCUUUAAAACAACGGUUGGAUUUCAUUGAAAAUCAUGUUUUUGUAGCAAUACUGCGUAAUAGAUUGAUUUGGGUGUGGGUGAUUUGGCUGUGGGAAGGGAGAAUGGAAAGCGCUACGACAUUUGAGGCCGAUCUAACCCUUAAGGCGACCGAGUUGAGAUUAGGGUUGCCUGGGACAGAUUCAUUUGAGACGCAAACACCGUCGAUCUCAAGGGGUAACAAAAGGACACUUGCAGAGACGAUGGCUGAGGAGUGUCGGGCCAAGACUAAUCCCAUGGAAGCCAAUGACGGGGAGAGCGACCAAGAAGCCGCGCCUGUGGCCAAGGCACAAGUAGUAGGGUGGCCACCAAUCCGAUCCUACCGGAAGAAUAGCUUCCAAGCGAGGAAGACGGAGGCCGAAACGGCUGGGAUUUACGUGAAAGUUAGUAUGGAUGGAGCUCCUUACUUGAGGAAGAUUGAUCUCAAGGUCUACAAUGGCUAUCCUGAGCUCCUCAAGGCCUUGGAGACCAUGUUCAAAUGUUUCAUUACUGGUGAAUUUUCAGAGAGGGAAGGUUACAAAGGAACUGAAUAUGAACCCACGUAUGAAGAUAAAGAUGGGGACUGGAUGUUGGUUGGAGAUGUACCAUGGGAUAUGUUCAUCUCUUCAUGCAAGAGGCUGAGAAUAAUGAAAGGAUCAGAAGCUAGAGGCCUGGGUUCAUGCGUAUAAACAACACCAGCAACCCAAAAGAGAUGGAGCAUGGAAAUGAGAUGAGAAUAUCUCAUGAAAAGAAAAUAUUUUCAGCUUGGGUUCUUGAAGUUGGUGGGAUAAAAAAAAGGCUUGGAUUUGGGAUUUGGACUGCUGAAUUGCAAUUUCUUAUCAUGGUGGCCCACCCAACAACAACAGAAAAAAAAAAAAAAAAAAAAACUUGGUUAUUUACGUGUAUUCAAGAGUUCUGAUUUUAUUUUAUUUUUUUAAGAUCAGUGGCUUGUUUUGAGCCUUUUGUGAUGUUUCUUGUAUUGUAAUAAUUCCAUCAAACCGAAAGUACUGAAUAUGGAGAUGAGAGGUAUUGUUUAUCAUGUCUUGUAUAAAUAUAAAACUCACAUGUGUACAAUUGAAGAAAUUUUCCCU